CCUCUCGCCGAUUAUCCGGCACCCGCAGUAACUAGGUACUUGCCAUCUAUCUAGGCACCUGUCGCGAAAUCGUCUAGAAGCAAGUAUACAAUCGACUCAAGCGGGGAUUAUGUUCCGAAGACUGCACUUCUUAUUGUCUUACCUUCCAAGCUUUAUUUUACGUUUCGGUUUCGCGGCGAGAGGAAGGCGUUCGCGGCAUUUUUUGACAGUUGCAUUUUUUUCGCGACAAGGCGCAUUCUCAUACAGCCUAGUUGAAAGUUGUGUUUGUUUAUCAUUGUGAGAAAUGGUGAAGUUCUGGUGGAUGUUUAUGUUAUUUGCUAAAAUUGCGUCGGCUAGUGAUAACGAGCUUCCAUCUGCAGAGGUGCAAAAAGUGAAGCGAUAUGACAACCGACCACUGGGAGUUGGGCCUGGCGGUCUACCGCCGUUGACCACAGUGCCUAUCGCAGGGGAGCGCUGCUCGUCGCGCCUGGAGUCCGCAUUGGACCAGAUGAAGCGACGGAAAAGGACACAGCCGAAGAAUCUGGACACUCCUUUGAGUCAAAGCAUCGAUCUCAAUGGCUACAGUUUGUACCAGCAAAUGCGAUCAGCUCCCGUCGACAUGUACGUCACAAGAAUGAGGGUACGACUGCCACAAAAUAGCAACUGGGUCAGAGUGGAGAAAUGUUACUUCGACCCAAGAAACGUAUCCCUGGACACCAUGCUUCUGUUCCACGAUAUAACGAUCAGUGGCAAUGUGGAUCUAUACGAUGCAAAUGACCUGGAUAGAGGGCUUCCACCCAGCCGAAGAUUGAGAAGACAUUUCGCCGAAUCCAGGUCCAUCGAUGGCCCUUUUGUUGACAACUACGCUAGAAGUCGAGGCAGCAACGGCUGUAACAUGAUCCUAAGACUAAGAAAGGCAGGAAUUGGCUUCCACACGAGACCUCUGAACCAACAUCCAGGGAAAUUCAACGUGAAAACUGAUUCAGAAUUCGUUGAGCCAGGCUUUAUAAGCGUUUACGCAUACGGUUGCGAGAAGUAUAUAAACAGAAACUCGGUUCGGAAUAAGGACAAUUUGCCUUUGAAGCGACGAAAGCGAUCGGAUGAGUUUACUUUUGAUGCACGACCAUUGUACAGUGAGGGAGUGGAUAGUAGAGCAGCUGACAAUAACUGGGACAUUAUUUACGAACCGCGAAGUAGGGUCAAUUACGAACGAAGUAAAUUAUUUAGGCCUGACGACGAAUUGGACGAAGCUGAAGACAUUUCGAGGGAAAUGGAAGACAUAUUCACUAAAGGUAUACGAACUCUUUUGACUACAUAUAUGAAGAAAGAACUACAGCCAGCUAUCAAGGACACUUUGAUGCGGAACAUGGGCUAUGUGAUAUCGUAUGGCUGAACAGAAUAGUUUUCUUUUCUUAAACUUAUUAGUGUAGGAAAAUAAAUUGGGGGAAAGUGAUCCAAAUUUUAAGAAUCGAAUUAAAAUUGUAGGGCACGUAAUUUUAUAAUGUUUACGAUUAGUUUUAUACUAUUAUUGUUUAUAGUCAUUUAUGUAAUUACAGUAAAAGUUUUAUACAUGA